GUCAACAGGAUCCGAUCAAUAUUAUGAAGGUACUACUACAUUGACUACUGGGUUCACACAUGGAGUACGACUCCAAAAAAGAACUACAACUACCAUAAAAAAGAACUACCAUGGCAUGACAACGCAGUAACUCAACUACAUUGGAGAUAGAAGUACUUAGGAGAUUCUAGUUCUUCAGGAUCCACUGACCACUAGACGAAAAUGCAGGACGUUGCGCAGUGCUAUCUCGGUGUUCGCAAGCUGUGGCUAACAGGGAGACUGAGCAGUGAUCCCACCGUCUAUCGAGGGUCGCCCAGCACAGUCGAGACCGAUCCAGGCAUAUCAAUUUGGUCUGAGGUUUUUGAAGCCCGCCAAGGGACUGAAAAUACAAAUGUUGGGAACCAGCAGGGUUCUUCGUCUUCAUCGAGUACCUCCGCAGUAGCUGACGACGCGCGCGCAAUAAGAAAAACUAGAGCACCACAUUGCAAGAUCGCCUUGCUGUUACCCGGAAGCAACGAAUCAUGUAUGUUCUGGCCUGACGAGUUCAUAGACCGCUUGGUGGCCUUGUCCUAUUGUGUCGUACGCAUCGAUAAUCGUGGCUUCGGACGCAGCAGCUGGUGUCGCGAUUUUGAACGACAACCCUUUGGCAUUCAGGAUAUGCUAUGACGUUGAAAAUCUUCCAACAACGUUGACCUCUUGCCAGGCACGUCAAUCAAUCAAUCAAUCAACUUUUACCUAUCUUUAGCUUUUGCUUUUUGAGAGCCACGUAGGAAAUUCUCAUGACUUGCGUUUCUAGCUGAAAGUGCAUGCGUUUCCCAAAGUCAUUUGAGUUCCCUUUUUGUAGCUAGCCACUGUAACUACACUACUUGAACAUGAUCUAAGCAGAGCGCGAGAUGCGAUUUCGGUCCUACGGCAACGCCUUCCAGGCUUUCCAGAGAACACCGAAGAGCUUCUCAUCUGCGGCCAUAGCAUGGGUGGAAUGAUUGCGCAAGCUGUUGGUGGUCAGCUCUCUACAUCAGCAACAUUUCCUAGUAUUAAGGCCGUAGCUAAUGCAUCUUUGACUGCAUUCCUGAAACGGGGGAGUAUCCCAGUGCGAUACUCUGGCAUACUCUUCAAGGAUGCCGCUGGAAGAUGAAUUGCGGAGAGCGCUAAGAGUAACGUUCGAAUUCGGUUGGCCCUUUUAGCAACCACUCCUUACCCAGCAACAGUCGUGGAAAAUAGUAACGACGAAGCCGCCAUAGACGCUCGCUAUUUCAAGGACAAAGAAGUGCGUGAUUUGCGGACACAACUGGAACAACUGGGGAAGGAAGCAGACCGAUAUUGGGGAGGGGGCGCAGCCUUCAAGGAAAUGCAGGUAGUGCAAGGGAAACUGCUACGUCUCUUUCACGGAUCGGGGUAUCCUUUUAGCGAAGCAGAAUUCGCCGAACGACUAGACCGCGCAAUACGACGUGGGGGUGUUAUUAUGAUCCCGACUGACAAUACUAAACAUCACCAUCAUCAAUAUGUUCAUGAUGUACUCGUGUGAAGAUAUAACAUUUUGCAGUAAUUCGACGUGAUCCACCGUUGUUAGCUUCAAAGCUGCGAUCUUCAAUAUUGUACAUUAUGAAUAUUAAAUCAGAACUUCUCAAUCAUCCUCUUUAUGUUGCUUAUGUUGUAGUUGUGACCAAGCUAGUCACCGAAUACACGGAGAAACAGUCAGUCAUGAUGUUCUUGCUGGUGAUAUGACUAAGUCUAAGUAUAUUCUGACCACGUAAAAUGUCCUUCUUCAUUUCCCACACACGAUGCCCACAUCUAUUGGCGAUGCGUCAACAUGAGAAAGGCUUGCUGAUGCAGGCUUUCGAGAAGGCUUCAGCAUCUUCGGUUGUGGCUGCAGCGAUUGUGUUUCACGGUGACGGGGAUCGAGUCAUUGACAUACAGGGUGCUCACGAUUGCGCUACAAAAUAUUCAACAACGAAGAAGGUGGAGCUACAUGUGCUUUAUGAGAAUGGGGUUCCCCAGUUAGAAAGAAGUCGCGUUUACCCGAAGAACUUCUAGUAGAAGGCGUAGCCAUCUUCCCCACCCAUAACCUAUAAGCUAAAUCCAUAGCUCUUGCGCCUGUUUAAGAUUAGCCUGGCUGUGUCCUCACGCAGGACACUAAUGCGAAGACAGCGGGGGCCUGCGCCAGCCUCGGGAAAAAAGUAAUAGCAUGGCCAGGCGGUGCUGCGCCGUCCACUACGCGGAGCCACAAAGGGAGGACGGAACUACUUAGCGAAAGGGCCCCGCUUAUGGGGUCGCGGCCGCAGCUUCGUGCACUGCAGGCAGAGGCGGCCCCACGGCUUGCCGGACAUUACGCCAAACGCGAAGACGAACGCGGAAGCCUGGAAGUGGACCGCGUGCGCCUCUUUGCGCUUGCUGUCGAGCUCUUGGACCCGGCCGCGGCGGACUGGAAUCGGCGCCGCGAGUUCAGUGCUGGAAUCUGUCGCCUUAUCGCAGAGAAGGCGCAGCAUGCGCCAAAAGUGGCGCCCGGCAUCGCGAAGGCUGGCCUUGGCCCUUGGGCGCGCCGCUAGCGGGUGGGCCCUCACGCGAGGGGACAGGCGUAAGACGGUGACUGGGCCUCACUAUUAUAGCGGCCGGCGCGGAUUCCGUCCCCCGCUGCCGCAACUGUAGCGAAGAAAUUGCGCCUGUCUAAGUCGACCGCUCGACGAAGGUCCACCGACCUGGCAAAAGCGAGCGGGAAGCCUCGCGCUGUCGUCGCUUUGCCUGCGCGUGGGAUACGCUUGCAAGCACAUCGCUCGCCGCGAAAGGCUGCAACGGCUCGCACUGCGGCACUGUCAUCCGUCGGGGCUGGCUCGCUGGGAACUGAAAGAGGGCCACGCCUUGGCUGGGGCAGCUGCGGGAGACACGAGAAAGGAUAUCCAGAAGCGGCGCCAAAUGACGAGCACCAGGGGGGGCCUGGCUUCGCGGGUUAUCGGCGCGGCCCUCACGAUGGACGCGAUGCCCAUACUUGCAGCGGAGGCCGCGCGCCUAUCUAUCGCACUGGAGCACAAGCACGCGAGCGCUGCGCUGCGUUGCGACUCCGCUGGCGAAUGGCUGCAGCAGGCCGCUGCUUAUUGCAGCAACCGCAGCGGCGUCGGUAAGUGUCUCAAGUCAGAAAGGCCGCGCCGCUUUUACCUCUACCAGGCGGGCGCUCGCUGGCGUUUCCCGCGACUGGGACGCGGGGAGGAGCAGCGAGAAGAUGACCGCGCGCCGAAUCUGGGCAAGCAGUGGGGCUCUGGCGGGCUGCGCGUCUUCGCCUUGGCGAAGCACUGCGGCGGCAACAGUAAGAGAACGCCUGCCGGCCAGUCGGUGGGCCGCCUUUUGGAGAAGACGACGACCGCAGCAGAGUACUCAGCGCGUGGCUGCCGCGGUAGGGUGUGCGCAUCGUCCGGCUUGCCCAACAUUCUGCGCGUGGCUCUUGGUUAUGCUUAUGCAGGGCGGACGCGUUUGGAUGGCGCGCCCCCUCGAUGUGCUGGCCGACGCUGAGGGGGUUGGUCAGCUUUGCAGCUGGUGCCCGGUCAUCAUGCGAGAAGCGGGCGCGCGGCGGUCUGCCGUUCUUGGAGAGCGUCGCCGCGAAGAAGAGCGGCAGCGGCUGGCUGCGCUUUCUCGUCGAGGCACACAAAGACGGCGCCGAUUUUGACGCGGAUAAUGACCCCCCCGCUGCGGGGCGUUUCAGUUUCUUCAUAAAACUGGCCUGGGAAAGUUCCAAACUCUCGCGGCAUCGGAUCAAAGUGGCGCAGAGUGAAAGAUGAAAAACGCUGCCAGCAUAUGCGUGAGGCCUCGCCCCACGUGAUCAAGCUAAGGGCUGACAUUAGUCGCGGGCUGAAAGAGUGCCAGGCCAAGGCUGAAGCGCUGCGCCAGUCUUGCGCUGCGGACGCAAAGGCGAAAAACGUGACGGAAGCGGCAGACCAGAGUGGCGGAGUGGAAUGGCUUGCCACGGGCGCCAAGGUGGAGGAGCUUCAGAAGGACCCCGACGCGCAGGCAGUCCCCUCGUCCGUAGGUCGAUCGCUAUUUAUUCCCAAUGAUUAGGUCACUGACCUCCCUCGCCUCCUCCUUAACUGGCUCACUGUGAGCCGCACCCAUGUAGUCGAUUCCACCAGAGUGCCGGGGGGGUGGGGCGCCAGGGGCUGACGCGUCAACUGUGGGCCUUUAUCUGUUUCUUUAGUUGGACUAUGUUAACUUCUGCGUUUCUUCCUUGCUUUCUGCCGGGUUUUGAUCCCUCCAUCAACUGUGAGGUCAAAUAUCACAUAUACUAAGGACAUCCGGGACACCUUCCACUACAUUUCUAUAAUCGAUCGAUCUAAUCUAUCAUAGCUUAUCCUUGAAUAUGAAGAUGAUCAUUCUCCUUCCUUUCAUAAAGAGGCUGCUGCCGGACACCGGUUUGGGCCUGUGGACUGGAAAAUGAUCGCCGAAAAACUUGAGGCUUUUGUGAAUGUUGCUUGAUGUGAUUAGAAUACUUCAAUUCGACUUAAGUACAUUGAUCACGCUUGUUACAGGUGAACAGGUUAUCAUAUCGAGAAGUAGAGAAACCAUUAUACGGCCCUUCCUAGAGAAACCAUUUUAUCGAGAAGUGGAGAAACCAUGUAAAGACUGCUCUUCCUGCUGUUAUCCUAUUAAGAACGUGGCAUGCAAAUAAUGCCAAAUCGAUUAUAAGUCAGUGCAGGGACGAGGAAGGAUAGACAAAAGU